GAAUUUUGCUUGAGGUUACGAGUUACUCACUGAAGCAUUAACAUAUUAUUAAUUUAUCAAUCGGGCAUAGGUGCACUUGAAUCCUGAACAAAAUAGAAUUUGGAUAAGAUUAUUUUUUUUGAGUUUAUGAGAAAAGUAUCGCGUGUAAUACACACUGAUCAUAAAGUUUAUAUAAUAAUAUUUCAACCAAUUAUUCUUUGUAGUAAACUUGCUCGUGUCAAAUGUAUACGAAGUCCGAUAAAUGUUGCUAUAACUGUAAUAUAUAACGGUUUAAAAAAAAUGUUUAAAGUCGCUCUCUUUGUCACAAUAGCCAUUGCAUUUUCUGCUUAUCUAUUUAAUGAUUCAAUUAAAGAAUAUCUCAAGGGUGAAUCUUCGGAAGGCGAUAAACCCCAAAGCGUAAAGGUAUUUAAAAGCAUAAAACGGUACGACGGUAAAAAAAGCAAAAAAUUGUAUUUGUCUAUUUUGGGAGAUGUUUACGAUGUUUCAGCAGCACCUAACUAUUACGGUCCUGGAUCGUCAUAUAACGUGUUCGUUGGAAAGGAUGCAUCACGAAGUUUCGUCACUGGUGACUUCUCUGAGAACGAAUCGUCAGAUGUUCUUAAAGGAUUUACCAGUGAGCAGUAUUCAUCAUUGAAAUACUGGGUGGAUUUUUACGCAAAAAACUACAAAUUGGUUGGCAGAUUAAAAGGACCCUAUUACAACGAAGACGGAAGUGAAACGGAAUAUAGAAAGGAAGUUAUUGAAUUGAUAAAAGCUGCAGAAAGCAAAAAAAAGAAAGAAAAUAAAAAGAAGGAGCAGUUUCCUUCUUGUAAUUCACAAUGGAACCCUGAUACCGAUACUACAACUCUUUGGUGCACUAAAGAAAGUGGAGGAGAUCGCAGGGACUGGAUCGGAGUACCGCGAAAAUAUUAUCAACCCGGGUCCAAAAGCUUCAGGUGUGCAUGUGUUAAUGAAGAUAAACUUAAUAACAAAAAUUUACAGGAAUACGAUGGCUGUGAUUCAUCUUCUAACAGUUGCAAAGUGAAACAUGAUAAAUAGAAAAAUACUUAUUUAUGUAUAAAAUGUUUUUUUUUCUUUAAAUAAAACGUUCUUAUUGUACAAAAA